AUGAAGAAGAAGAGCCGGGAGGAGAGCUGUGGGGAGGGCAGCGGGGUGGAGAUCCUGGAGAACAAGCCGUACGAGGACGGGCCGGGGGGCACGGGCCAGUACACCCACAAGGUGUACCACAUCGGCAAGCACAUCCCCUCCUGGUUCUGCUCCAUCCUGCCGCAGGCCGCCCUGCGCGUGGAGGAGGAGUCCUGGAACGCCUACCCCUACACACGCACCCGGUACACCUGUCCCUUCGUAGAGAAGUUCUCCAUCGACAUCGAGACGCACUACAAACCAGACACCGGGAACACGGGCGAUGUCUUCAACCUGUCCUCGGCCGAGAAGAGACAAAGGACCGUGGACCCCAUAGACAUCGUCAAGGACUACGUCCCCCCACACGAGUACCUGGUGGAGGAGGACCCCAAGCUGUACCAGUCGGUGAAGACCCGGCGGGGCCCGCUGUCCGACGACUGGAUCGAGGAGAUCAACCAGAACCCGGGCCAGAACCCGGUCAUGUGCGCCUACAAGCUGUGCAAGGUGGAGUUCAGAUACUGGGGCAUGCAGUCCAAGAUAGAGCGCUUCAUCCACGACGUCGGGCUGCGUAAGGUGAUGGUGCGGGCCCACCGGCAGGCCUGGUGCUGGCAGGACGAGUGGUACGGCCUGACCAUCGAGGACAUCCGCCAGCUGGAGCUGGAGACCCAGCUGGCCCUGGCCCGCAAGAUGGCCCAGUACAGCCAGGGGGAGGAGGCCUCGGGGGCCGGGGGGCCCGCGGCCGAGGCCAACGGCUCCUCCUCCACCUCCUCCUCCUCCUCGCACCACCACCGCCACAACCACCACCACCACCAGGAGGGGGGCCAGGAGGGCCCCGAGCAGGGGGGGGGCGGGGAGGCGGCGGCGGCGGGGACGGCCGAGGGGGCGGAGGGGCAGGGGGGGGGAGAGGGGGAGGCCAGGGGGGAGCUGACCAAGCAGUGGUCCACCUCGUCCCGGUCCUCCAACCGGUCCUCCAAGAGAGGAGGUAGCCCCUCCCACCAGAGCAUCUCUGAGUGGCGGAUGCAGAGCAUCGCCCGGGACUCUGACGACAGCACGGACGAGGACGAGUUCUUUGACGCACACGAAGACUUCUCAGACAACGACGAGAUGUUCGCCAAGCAGAUCAGCAAGUGGAACUCCAACGACCUCAUGGACAAGAUGGAGGCCAGCGAAGCACAGGAAACUUUGUAUCAGGAAUCUGGUGGGGAGUACACAGUCAUGAGCAACGAGGACUCACAGAUGGAGGAUGGAUGUUCCCAGCAGUGUCGGCAGUCUUCCAAGACUCAUGUCCUCAUUCUCGUUCUGCAUGGAGGAAACAUUUUGGACUCCGGCUCUGGCGAUCCGAACAGCAAGCAGGGGGACGUGAACACGCUGGGCGGGGCCUUUGAGACGGUGAUGAGGGUCCACUACCCCUCGGCCCUGGGUCACAUCGCCAUCCGGGUGGUCCCCUGUCCCGCCGUCUGCUCCGAGGCCUUCUCCCUGGUCUCCAAUCUGAGUCCGUACAGCUACGAUGAGGGGUGUCUGUCCAACAGCCAGGACCACAUCCCCCUGGCCGCACUCCCCCUCCUGGCCACCUCCGCUCCUCAGUACCAGGACGCCGUGGCAACCGUCAUCAUCAGAGCCAAUCAGGUGUACGCCGACUUCAUGAAGUCUGUGGAGGGGGCGUCGUUCUCCGGCCAGGUGUGUGUGAUCGGGGACUGCGUCGGGGGGAUCCUGGGCUUUGAUGCUCUCUGCAGCAGUUCUCUGAGCGUCUGUGAGAGCCAGAACUCCAGCCGGAGGGGCAGUGCCAUCAGCGUCCAGGACACAGACCUCCUGUCUCCGGGGAUAGUGAUAAACAGUGGCUCCUCCUCCCCCUCCCUGGAGGGGAGCCGUCACCUGAGCCGCAGCAACAUCGACAUCCCCCGCAGCCUGGGGGCGGACGACCCCAAGAGACAGCUGCCCCGCAAGCGCAGUGACUCGUCCACCUACGAGCUGGACACCAUCAAACAGCACCAGGCCUUCCUGUCCAGCCUGCACUCCAGUGUGCUGCACGGGGAGGCGGGCUCGCGGCGCUCCAGUAACAGCACCAUGCUGGAGGGCGGGACUCUGGGCCGCUUCGACUUCGAGGUCACGGACUUCUUCAUGUUUGGCUCCCCGCUCGGCCUGGUGCUGGCCCUCAGGAAGACCGUGGUGCCCUCCCUGGACGUGUCGGCGCUGCGGCCCGCCUGCCAGCAGGUGUACAACCUGUUCCACCCGGCGGACCCCUCGGCCUCGCGCCUGGAGCCCCUGCUGGGGAAACGCUUCCACCUGCUGCCCCCCUUCUCCGUCCCCCGCUACCAGCGCUUCCCCCUGGGGGACGGGCACUCCGCCCUGCUGGUGGAGACCAUGCAGUGUAACCCCCACCUGCUGGUGGAGCCCGGCGGGGGAGGGGGCCUCCGCUACCCAGAAGGCACCGUCACAGAGACCUCCAUCCCAGUACCGGUGCUCAACUGGCAGGCGGCGCAGCCCACCGUGGACGCCGACGCCCUUGUCCACUCCCACUGCAGCGGUCUGCUGGUGGACGGCCUGUACCCCACGUCCCCCCUGGCCGGAGCCCCCCACCUCCGGGGCCACCGGCGGGCCAGCGAGGCCAGCCUGGCUAGCCAGGUGUCGGGCAUGGCCGACUCCUACACCGCCUCCAACAUCGCCACCAUCGCGUCCCACUGGUGGGGCUCUAAGAAUGACUUUGCUCUCUACUGUCCCGACGCGCUGACCGCAUUCCCCACCGUGGCGCUGCCCCACCUCUUCCACGCCUCCUACUGGGAGUCCACCGACGUGGUGGCCUUCAUCCUGCGACAGGUGAUGAGGCAUGAGAACGCCAGUAUUCUGGAGCUGGACGGCAAAGAGGUGUCAGAGUUCACACCCUCUAAACCCCGGGAGAAGUGGAUUCGCAAGAGGACCCAGGUCAAAAUUAGGAAUGUCACGGCCAACCAUCGCGUGUGUGACGCAGUGUUCUCUGAGGACGCCCCCCAGCUGGUGACCGGUCGCUUCAUGUACGGCCCUCUGGAUAUGGUCACCCUCACUGGGGAGAAGAUUGACAUCCACAUCAUGACCCAGCCCCCCUCUGGGGAGUGGGUGUUCUUCGACACGCAGCUGACCAGCAGUAGCGGCAGGAUCUCCUACACCAUCCCCGACAGCAAGAGGCUCAGCUCCGGGGUCUACCCCGUCAAGAUGGUGGUCCGGGGGGACCAUACGUCGGCAGACAGCUACCUGACGGUGCUGCCCCAGGGGACAGAGUUCGUGGUGUUCAGCAUCGACGGCUCCUUCGCCGCCAGCGUGUCCAUCAUGGGCAGCGACCCCAAGGUGCGCGCCGGGGCUGUGGACGUGGUGAGGCACUGGCAGGACCUGGGCUACCUGAUCGUGUACGUGACGGGGCGUCCCGACAUGCAGAAGCAGAGGGUGGUGGCGUGGCUGUCCCAGCACAACUUCCCCCACGGCAUCGUGUCCUUCUGCGAGGGGCUGGUCCACGACCCGCUGCGCCACAAGGCCAACUUCCUCAAGUCCCUCAUCUGUGAGGCCCAUAUGAAGAUCUUUGCGGCGUACGGCUCCACCAAAGACAUCUCGGUGUACUCCUCUAUCGGCCUCUCUCCAUCACACAUCUACAUCGUUGGACGAGCCACCAAGAAGAUGCUCAGCCAGUGUCAGUUCAUCCCAGACGGCUACGCCAGCCACCUGGCCCAGCUGGAGUACAACCAGCGGUCGCGGCCCGCCAAGUCGGCCAGCGCCCGCAUGGUCCUCCGCAAGGGCAGCUUCGGCCUGGGCGCGGCCGGCGGCGACUUCCUCCGCAAGCGCAACCACGUGUUCCGCACGCUCUCCUCCCAGCCCGGGGGGGCGGCGGCGGCGGCGGGCGGGGCCGGGGGAGGCGGCGCCGGCAGCGCCGGCAGUGCCGGCGCCGCCUCCUCCGGCCCCGUCGCCGCGACGAUCGGCGCCACGCUGGGGCGGACGGAGCGCACGCAGAGCCAGUGCGAGAUGGACCGCGGCACGCCGUCGGCGGUGGCCAGCACGGCCCAGCGCAGCAUGAGCAUUGCGGCGGGCUGCUGGGGCCGCAGCGGGAGCACCAGGGAGGGCAGCAGCGGACUGCUCAGCCCCAAGUGAGGGCCUCCGGACUGGGGGGGGCGCCGG